AUGUCAUCAGACCAUGAUAUGUUAAUAAGGAAAAUCGAGCAGAAAACGAAACAUGAAAACUUUCCUUCUACAAACAGCAAUUUGUUAGCAUCACUGAAUUUGAUGUCACCAAUCGGAAAGAUAAGACAAAGAGAGCCAGGACCCGUCACUUCAACUCCCCGCAUAAGUACAACUAUGCUGCCGGAUCACAUAUAUCGAUUAGAUUUCGGCAAAUUAUCGCACAUUCAUGAGGCAUUCUGCAAAAGGUGUGAAUGCGGAGCGGAUACUGCGUUAUCUUCGGAAGAAAACGAACGGUUAGCAAAAUUAUCUCUAGUAAGCAGCAUUUCCACCAGUAGUGAAAAAAAUCUUCAUUCGAUUGGAAGAGUUGACCGAAGUCGCAGUAUUCUCAGUAACGCUAUGGCUUCACCUUUGGAUCUCGAUAAAAAAGAGAAAAAACAUGGUCGGCAGAUUGCUGUAAUGAGAUAUCUUCAUGAGAAACGGAAAAUUGCAUGGGGUGAUGUUGGUCGGGAUACAGGUGUGUCGGAAAUUGUAAGUCCGAAAAGUCCUUUGACUAAUGAUAAAGCACCUGCUAGUCCGAUGCAAGUCAGCACAACAAGCUACAUUAAUGACAUGGAUACCAGCAAAAGAAGCCCAACAAAUAAUGAAGCAGAAUUGUUUAAGGAUAGCAAAGAAACAAGUAGCUGCAAUUCAAGCGAUAUAUUUACCACAAGCGAUAAUUCUGAAGUAAAAGAAGCGGGGAAAAUUCUACUGACGAACAUGUCGAUUAAUACUCGAAGUACUACUUCAUUUGAAGCUGAGGUUGUUAAUGUCGAGACGGAAAGCAUGUCCGUGUUGAAGAAAUUGUCGAACGAAGUUGAAAAUAUAACUGCAUCAAGUAACUCGGGUGAAGGUUCCGUUUAUAUCUGUGGCGUAAAUUCGUCGAUUGAAGUGUUGGAUGAUAUUAAAGAAAAUGGUCAAAAUACUACAAAUAAACUUGCUGGAGCAUCGAUUCAUGAUGUUUCUGAAGAAGACGUCCAAAUUAUUGAUCAUUUUGCUCCGUCGCAUCCAAUUUCAACAUCAGAACCUACGCAGAAAAUUCCAGAGGCCUUAUCAAGAAUGGAAAUGGAGACGCAGUUGGAAAAUUUGAAGAGUCUCAAGCGAAGCGCGAAUUUAUCGAAACUGCCAGACUGUGGGCGACGAUUAUUAGAAAAAAUUAAAAUAUUACAAGACAAAUUAAAUAUUCUAGAUGCAUUUGAAAAGAACGAAAAUAUUGCUCCCAAUGAACUCACUGAAAAGGAAGAAGCUAGUAUUAUUCAGAAAAAGAAAGGACCACCAAUCGUUUCUCCUCAAGUUAUGAAUAGAGGACAUCGAUUAUUUGGUGGAAAAAUGACGGAUAAUCGAGUUUGCCUGGCCAAUGCAGUUACUGGUCAAGUUAUUGCUCAGAUGCAUAGUUCACUUGCAAAUGUCCCAGAAAAUGUGGGAACGGAUACACCAUCCAGUUUGCUUACCGAAUUAAUGCCGCAUCAAAAAGAAGGCCUAACCUGGUUGCUGUGGCGUGAGAGACAAUUGUUACCUUGUGGAAUCCUCGCUGAUGACAUGGGCCUAGGCAAGACUUUAAGUAUGAUUUCACUUAUUGCAAAUGUCAAGGAACGACGUAAACAUGAAGAAGUAAUGGAAGGAUUAAACAAAAAAGCUACUAAAGAUAGUUUAAUUCCAUCCAGAACUACACUAAUUGUCGCUCCAGCUUCAUUAAUUUUCCAGUGGGAGGCAGAAUUUCAAAAACAUGUGAAAAGUGGCUUUCUUUCUCGAUAUUUAUUCCAUGGACUUAAACAUAAGCGCGAUAUAAGUGCAGAAUGCCUUGCACGUUAUGAUGUCGUUAUCACUACAUAUGGAAUUGUGAGCAAUGAAUUAAGCGAAAAAUUCACUGCAUGUGGUGUUGAUGAUGAAAGCAGUAGUAGUGAUACUAGUAAUUCCCAUGGAGAAGGGAAUGGAAAAGGGAAAGUAAAACGAAAGAUUUCAAAAAAAUCAGGUUCCGUGCUCACGAAGAUAGCCUGGGAGCGUGUCAUUCUGGAUGAAGCUCAUCAAAUCAAAAAUAGAUCAUCACUAAUUUCUAAAGCGUGUUGUAAAAUUCCUGCUGUAGCUCGAUGGUGUCUUACAGGCACACCAAUACAUAAUAAUUUGUGGGAUUUAUAUUCCUUGAUCAGAUUUCUGCGUGUGGUACCGUUCAGUGAAGAAGCUAUUUGGAAAGAAUAUAUUAUGUCAGCACAUUCAUCAUCGCAAAGAUUAAAUACCUUGGUGAAAGGCUUGUUAUUGAGGCGAGAAAAAAAUCAGAUAUGUGCAGAAACGAAUAAACCGAUUGUAGAUCUAAGGCCAAGAAUGUAUGAAGAAGUUGUUAUGAAACUUGGAGGCAUCGAAAAGAAAGUUUAUGAUUAUAUGUUUCAGGUUUCAAGACAGCAAGUAAAAGAAUUAAUCAAAACACGAGAAGAAAGAGAACGAGAGCUGUAUGGUAUUGGAAGGAUCAAUUUUACUAAUAGACCAGCUAGGAAUCCAUUUUUAGGUGGUUCACGAACGAUUCGAAACAACGAUAAUUUUCAAUCAAUGACUUGUGUGCUAACAUUAUUAAUGCGUUUGCGACAAGCUUGUGUACAUCUCUCACUAAUCAAUCAAGCGAUCGAUAUGGAAGUACUCCAAACACUAGAUGUUGAAGAGGAUGAAAACGCGGAGAUGUUAUCGAAGUGUUUUUCGAAUAUGUCGCUUCUGGACGAACAAGCUCUCACUACGAAGUUAUUGGAUGACAAUGGAAAGGAACAAGUAGAACAACUCUUUCAGAAAACUUUUGUUUCAACGAAGGUCAAAAAGUUAUUUGAACACGUGGACUAUGCUCUUUCUUGUGGGGAUAAAUGUGUUAUUGUAAGCCAAUGGACCAGUCUUUUGAACAUUCUGGAGUAUCAUUUGGGACAAAAAAAAAUUUUAUUUACAUCUAUCAAUGGAAAAGUUUCGAGCAAGGACCGACAAAGCAGAGCUAAUAGCUUUAAUGAGGUUGACAGUGGACCUCGUGUCAUGUUGCUGUCAUUGACAGCCGGCGGAGUGGGAUUGAACUUAGUCGGCGGUAAUCAUCUAUUCUUGGUCGAUUUGCACUGGAAUCCUGCCCUCGAACAACAAGCUUCUGAUCGCAUUUAUAGAAUUGGACAAACGAAGAAUGUUUUUAUACACAAGCUGGUGUGUCUUGAAACAAUUGAAGAACGUGUUUUAGCAUUACAGCGAGUGAAGAAAACUUUAGCAAAAGAUGUUUUAGAAGGAGUUGCAUCGAAGAAACUCAGUAAAUUAACGAUUGCUGAUCUGAAAUACUUAUUCGAUUUGGGUCGUCCGCGCAAGGAUUUGGCUAGUUUUGCUGCCACUGUUUGUCCGCCAAAAUUCGUCUCAGCUUCAACUAUUUCUAAUGCAAAUAUAAAGUCAUUUGAUGUUUCUGCAACAACAAAAAAACAAAGCAAAUAA